UUGAGCGCUGACUGUCGAGGGGAAGAGACGUAUUUGUGUUUUAAGAACUAACAAAACCAGUUCCGUGUUGUGAUUAAGUUAAAUUCUUAAAAAGAAAGUGAUUUGUGGCCAUUUUUAUGAUAGUCGUGGAUACGAAAGCGAAGAAAGCCUAAAUAUGAAAAUACUAUGGACUGGACUGGCUCUAGUUUUCAUCCUGACUAUAGAAGUGGAAGGGCACGGCAGACUCAUUGAACCACCCUCACGAGCGUCGGCGUGGCGGUACGGUUUCGACACCCCGCACAAUUACAACGACCAUGAACUUUAUUGUGGAGGAUUUGCAAGACAAUGGAAUAAAAAUAAUGGAAAAUGUGGUGUCUGCGGAGACGCCUGGGACUCGCCACAGCCCCGAGCGCACGAGCUAGGCGGUCGCUUUGGCCAAGGAGUCAUAGUCCGCAAAUACGCUCCUAAAGAUGUCAUCACCAUUAAAGUCGAGUUAACGGCAAACCAUAAUGGUUUCUUCGAAUUCCGUGUAUGCGAAGAAGCAAGAGGCACUACGCAGGACUGUCUCGACAAACAUCUAUUACUGCUAGAUGGUAAAGAUACCUCUAAAUUUUAUCCCAAUCAAGGAAAUAGAGUGUAUGAAAUGAAAUAUCAGUUGCCCGAAGGCUUGGAAUGUUCGCAUUGCGUACUGCAAUGGAGGUAUAUUGCUGGGAAUAACUGGGGCACAUGUGAUAAUGGGACAGGGGCUGUGGGGUGUGGGCCGCAAGAGGAAUUUAGAGCAUGCGCAGAUAUAGCUAUUGGGGAUCGCUUCACCACGACCACCAAGAGGCCGAGACCGACGUACGUGCCACCAAGCAGGCGCCCAACUGUGCCAACACCCGAGGAGACAUCGGGAAGCGCAUGGUACGGUGUCGUGGUCGCCAUUGUCACUCUCCUCGUCGCGCUUGCACUGCUGGCGGGAUUAUACCUGUACUACUACAGAGGUGGCAUGAGGAUAAAGAAUCUAUUGAAGUCGAAGGCGGCGCCUCCCGCGCCUGUACCUCCGCCCAGGCACAAGAAGGUCUCUCUUUCUAGGGAGACGCCGCCAGUCAUCUCGUCGCCGAAAAUAAUAUCCGACUCAGGAUUUGAAACAGUAGAUUUAAGAUCUAAUUAAUAAAAGGCUGAUUUGCAACCACCACUGCCGUUACUAGUGAUAUUGUGUUGUUAUUGUGUGAUUAAUGUGAUUGAUUUCUGAAAAUGUAUAUUUUUAAAACCUUUCCUUUGUUAAUGAUAAAUAGGUACUGAUCCACUGUAGAAACAAUAAAUUAUUAACAUGGGUUGCCAUUUCGUUUAACACUUGUUUAUUUAUUACUACUGUUGAUUAAAUUAUUUGAAAGGAUUUAAAAGUAUACAGCAGGGUUACGUGUGAAAAAAACGUUUUAGUAUUAAGUUAUAAUGUGACUGUAAAUUAAAUAUUUAAAGUAAU